AUGCCGCUGGGGGCAAGUUAUACUCCUCUCUGGCGGCGUUCACUUCUGUCAUGGAUGGAUGGAUGGACGGAAUUUAAUCAUCUUUUACCGGCCGCGUUAGUUGUUGCUGUGCCGGGCUACGGCCAAUGGGAAAGUCGGGAACAAUGGUUGGGCAAACCCGUGGCAUCCAUCUCUGUUGCUUGUAGUCCAUCUUCAACUUCGGUCAGGGGUGAUGCUGAAUGCUAA